UAAUCGUAUCGCCUUACGAGAAAACUUUCGGCUGCAGUCUUCAUCAGCGGAGAUUGUUUUUGCUGCCCGAAGUACAGGGAACGGUCCGAAGACGAUUUUGCAACAAAAUGUCUUCCUCAGCCGAUGUGUCGCCAUCCAUCACCCCCUGUGGCACACCUCUCAGUGGUACACAUGCCCCAAAGUACGGCACCGUCAUUCCAAACCGCAUCUUUGUUGGGGGUAUUGCAGCAAAUACUACAGAGGCCGAAUUAAAGCAAUUUUUCCAGGCUUACGGAGCGGUGAAGGACUCCAAGAUUAUAGCUGAUCGAGCUGGAGUAUCCAAAGGGUAUGGGUUUAUAACAUUUGAAAAUCAGGAAGAUGCUGAACGAAUAAUCAAGAAAGAGGCCGACAACUUGGUAUUUAAAGACAGAAAACUAAACAUUGGGCCUGCCAUCAGGAAACAGCAGGUUCUACAAAGGUCCUUUGAUCAGAGCAUACCUACCGGGACUGUGAUGUUCUCUAAUGGAGUACCGUAUACAUAUCAGAAUGGAAUGGCCAUCUUCCAUGCCCCAGAAGGAGGAUACCCAAUACCCCAGCCCCAAGUCAGUCCACAGCAGCCUGCUUACUCGACUGUGAUGGUUCCACAGACGCCCACCAUGUAUGUGGCACCUCAGUACUCCGCCUACCAACCGACGACCCCUCAAUGGACCACAGCUGCUAAUCCUUGGAGAUGGGCCCCACAGCAAAGUCCAGGUCAAACAAUAGGGGGAAGUCCCAGUUACAUAUACGCAGCAAUGCACGCCUCGCCAGAACUGAUGUAUGCCCAGCCGCCACCACAGGCUUAUCAACCAGGAGACAUGACAGAUACUAUGCUUGAGGGUCCCCCCCUGGAGGGCAGUGGGAUGGUGCAGGAUACGUCCCUGGUCAACAACCCAUAUGUCUCUGACCACAGCGAACAGCCACUGCCGCCAACUGUUGCCAUGACGACGAUACCAGUACACCCCCCGGUCCCCACUGUUGCUCCCCCUCUUAGCAAAUCCACAACCGCUGCGUCUGUGGCACCUUAUACCAAGAAGUCGCUGUCAACCAUACCCAGACGCCCAUACAGCAGCCCAACCUACCUCGUCAAGCAUGGCAACAAGGUUCAACGAUUGAUGAUCCCCACCAAGUCUAUGGCGGCUCACAUGACACUUCUCCGAUCUCCAGAAUCUACUGGCAUUGAGCUUGCUGAAGGUCUUCUCCGACAUCCAUUGUUAACUCCUCCUCCAACCCCCGACAAAUAAACUGUUUCUGACAGAUAAUCCUCUUGAAAGCUUUCAACAGAAUUUUGUUAAUUGAAAAUUGGCCAUAGUUACUCAUCACUAAUGUCUAAGUGGCAGGCAGCCUGAAUUGAAACUUUCACAACAGACAUAAUAUUAUAUAUAUCCUUUUCUGAACUGGCUGUUGAAUUUAUCACCCAACUCCCCGUUCCAUCAAACCACUCAGUUUGUUUUAGUUGGAUGUGUAGCUCCUUGCUUCUUGUUUGUCAUCUGUUAUACUGCACAGAAAGUGUGUUUUGUUUGUAUAGUCCUUCAACACGAUACAAGACGCGUUGAUAUGUCAGUGGUCAUGUGACUAGUCUGCAUGAUACAAGACUAUGGUUAGUGGUCAUGUGACUAGUCUGCAUGAUACAAGACUAUGGUAAGUGGUCAUGUGACUAGUCUGCAUGAUACAAGACUAUGGUUAUAACCAUUUAUCAUGUGACAAGUCACCAUGAUGGCUUGUCCUGUCAGUACAAGACUGGUGUAUGUCAUGAUCAGUUGUCCACCAGACUGAGUACAUGUUUGGGUGUCCAAUGAGCAAUGUCAUCUGUAUAGACAGCUUAUGUUUCACCAAAUCUGACAAGUUAAAUUCUACUCUAUUACUGGAUGUGUUUUAAAUGUUGAUGGUUGUGUUUUGUAUGAAUAACAUUUCAAGAUAAAAUCUUCUAACUAAUUUUUCACCCAUUUGUUUCCACAUUCACUUGUUAUUGUGAAACUAUAGUUGGUCAACAUGACAAACUGACUUGCCAACUGGCCAUUGAUCUUGGCAUCCUCUUUAAUUUUGUUUCUUAUUUAUGCAUGUUGUUGACAUUUGUUACACCCUGUUCAUGCUGCCUCAUCACCAUGUUUCAUUGUUUUGUGAUACCCCUAUUAUACUUCAGUCAAGUGACAUUGGAUUUCAGUGGCAAGUGACACCAUUUGACUGGUGGCAUGUGACACCAUUGAUAUUCAGUGGCAUAUGACAUUGGAUUUCAGUGCUAUGUGACACCAUUGGAAUGUGGUGGCAUUUGACACCAUUGAUAUUCAGUGGCAUAUGACAUUGGAUUUCAGUGCUAUGUGACACCAUUGGAAUGUGGUGGCAUGCUGCACCAUUGAAUGUGGUGGCAUGUGACAACAUUGACAUUGGAAUGUGGUGGCAUGUGACAACAUUGGAAUGUGGUGGCAUAUGACACCAUUGGAAUGUGAUGGCAUAUGACACCAUUGGAAUGUGGUGGCAUGUGACACCAUUGGAAUGUGAUGGCAUAUGACACCAUUGGAAUGUGAUGGCAUAUGACACCAUUGGAAUGUGAUGGCAUAUGACACCAUUGGAAUGUGGUAGCAUCAUUGGACUAAGUGGAGUAUGGCUUUGGACUGCAGUGAUAUGGAAUAGUGUUAUAUUUUAAAUGCUUUGUCAUACUAGUGUAUAUACACACAAGUAAAUUUCACUGGUAUGUGACACCAUUAAACUUAAGUGACAUGUACAUGUGACACCAUUGAACUUAAGUGAUAUGUGACACCAUUAAACUUAAGUGACAGGUGACACCAUUGAACUCAGUGAAAUGUGACACCAUUGAACUCAGUGGAAUGUGACACCAUUGAACUAGAGUGAAAUGUGACACCAUUGAACUCGAGUGAAAUGUUAUAUAUAAAUAGUUUGUGAUAUAGGAUUUCACUGGCAUGCAACGCCAUUGGACUUCAGUAGUAUUUGACAUGUUUAAUUUCAUUGGUUUGUGUCACUGUUAAACUGUAUACUUAUGUUGUGUACACUAUGAAGGGAUGCUAUAGAGGUAUGAAGUAUUUAUGUUGAUGGGCACCACACUACAAUAUCCAGGAUUGUAUAACAACAGAUGUCAUGGUACAGUGCCAGGCUAUACCUUACAGACAGUACGGUACAGUGCCGGGCUAUACCUUACAGACAGUACGGUACAGUGCCGGGCUAUACCUUACAGACAGUAUGGUACAGUGCCGGGCUAUACCUUACAGACAGUACGGUACAGUGCCGGGCUAUACCUUACAGACAGUACGGUACAGUGCCGGGCUAUACCUUACAGACAGUAUGGUACAGUUCUAGAUUGUAAAAUACUAUGUUGAUGAAACUGUAUGCUAUGUCACCAUCUUCAUGUGCUACACUUGAUUGCUCUUUGUGGCCAUGAUGGCAUAUUUAUAAAGUCCUUAAUGUUUCCAUAAGGUCUGUCAUUUUGACAUUUUAAGCAUAUACAUGUACAAGUUCUUAAUGAAUCUACUAUUGCUAUUUAAUUAUGGGCAAGUUAUGAUGUGGAAUGAUAUUGAUGAUAUAUGAGAAGUUAUGUUUUUGUUGUGUAUAUAUAUAUAUUGUACUUUGUUUUUGUAUUUAGUUUUGAUGAUACUACCUGUAGAGAAAUCAAGGUUGUGGACUAUUUUCUAUUUGUGAGAGAUUUGUAUGUUUGCUGAUCUGAGAAAAAAAAUAACAUAUCCCUUUGAAGAAUUUUUCAAAAAAUGUUUCAUUUUCUGUAUCUCUAUUUAUAUUGUUUUGUUUUUGCUUUGAUAAAUAAUCAUCGUUAGCAUAUAUAGAUUUAUUUAUUAUUAUUUAUUUCUGUGAUUCAUUUCAACCUUUUGUUCCUAGCUGGCAGUUCAGGGCACUUGCUGGUAAUUGGAGUAACGCUAGUGUGUGAUCAUGACUUAGUUUUAUGUAGCAAGGUACUUAAUCAAAUUAAGACUAAAUGUACUAGAAUUUUCUUCUAAUUGUCAUGUUAAUGUAUACUUAUUAACUUUCUUCCAGAAUUGUAUUAGAUGUGAACAUUUUAUUAACUUUCUUCCAGAAUUGUAUUAGAUGUGAAAAUUUUAAGAACUACUUAUGACUAAUAUACGUGUAUCAAUAUUGACUAUAUCGUAGACAUGGAAUCAGAAUUUGAAUCUGAUGGUUUUCUUGUCGAACCAGCGAGUGACCCUGUCUGUUGUCCACUUUUGGUUACAGUCAUUACUUCCAUAAUUCCUCUCAUAUUUUUUAUGCAUCAUUUAUUUAUAAUUUUUUUCAUAUUUUGUAAGUGUUGAACGAUUAUUUGAUUUUGUAUGAAAUAUAUGUUUUACAUUGAAAUGUCUGUAGUGUAGUUUGUAGUAGGGAAAGUAAUUUCCAUGUUUGGUAAUGUGUAACAUAGUUCAGCACGCUGAAAUUUAAGUGAAUGUGUUUACAGAUAUACUGAUGAAUAACCACUCAAAGUAUCUGUAAUAGAUACUAUUAAAUGUAUCUUUAGUGAAAUAUGUGCAUUGCUUUUAACACCAAAGGCAACAAAAAUCAGACCAAAUUUAAAAAUUGCUAAAAUAUUUGUCAUUUCGUCCUUAUUUAGUGGACUGGUACAGAAGUUGAAGAGGGGUUGCUGGAAUGGGGGCCUCCAUUAUCAGUGCGGGGGAAAGUGUUUAGGAAAAAUACUGCAUACUCUCAACCUAUUGUUAUUAUUAAUUUCUAAUUAAAAUCUAAGGUGAAACUUAUCAUUAAGUGUAAUUACUUUUACUAUGACAUAAAUAUAGAUUAUAUGAGAAAUGAUAUUUAUAAAUAGGAAAUUUUUGUGGUAAUUAGCUGGAAAUUGAUGCUAUGGGACUCCUGUAAUCAUUUUUGAUCUCCCAAAGUUUUGAAGAAAAGAAAAAUAUUUUACGAUUUAAAAGUGAUUUGCUCAUAGUAGAAAACUAUGUUUUUGAACAUUUAUUUUGGGACAUACUUCCACAGGAUUCUAUUUUGUUGAUAUUCUUAUGAGUUAUGCUGCCUGUGGUUUUCUGUUUUAUUUUUUGUAUUGAAGUAACAACAUAGUGUUCCUAUGAUAAGGGCUGUUGUUAUACAUAGCUUAAAUCUGAAAGGUAUGACACAGGGGUAUGUACAUUUUAUUUUGAGAUGAUGGAAGGGACGGUAGCAGUUUCAAGUAUAUAAUGAAUAAUGAAAAUGUUAAAAUAAUGAAAAAUUAAAAAGGAACUCUUCAGUAAAAGUUCUACUUUUAGGCUGGGGAUAGAUAUUUUGUAAAAUCAUAUUUUGAUAAAUUGGUAAAUCUGAAAUCAUCAUAUCUGCAGUCCUGUCACUUAAGUCAGUGUUGAAAGUUUACUGUUUAUUAAAUUGUCUGUGUUAUUUACUGUGGAUGUGAUCAUUUGUACCACAAUAAUGUAGAUGUGAUGUUGUGAUGUAGAAUAUGUCCUUGUGACGGGGAUGUAUCUGUAUAUGGCUAGAGUAUCAUAAUCUUUUUGUUUUUGUUUCGAUGGGAUGCAGCAGUAACUGUAUACAUCCUUUGUGUUGAUGUAUGUGAUCAUUAGAUGUCUCAUAUUUGUUUCUUUGCUUCAGAUAUGAUUAUUUGUAAGAUGAAGAUAAACCUUUUCCCUUGUGCCUUUAUGUGCGUGUCGUGGACUUUGUCCAUGGUGAUCAUUUUUUUGUCCUGUGCCUUAUUAGCAUGUGGUCAUUGUCGUGGACUUGUGUCCAGGUCAACAUAUCAUAUAAUACAUCAAUGUUAACCUCGGAGAACUAGAAUGCUGCAAUGUUUCCAUUUAUAUACCACAUGGUCCGCAAGUAUGCAGUCUUUUUUGUUACACAUUUUCAACUAUUAAGGAUGGAAUUUGCAUGAAAUUCUUCCAAAGAUUUUGAACUUGCAGCUUUUUAUACACCAAUUUUUCUUAAUAUCUUUAACAGAAAAAAAUAACUUUUUAUUAACAUGAAAUUUUUAAUGUUUUGUUCAAAUAAAGGAGCUAACUGUCGAGUAAUUAAAAGAAAGUAUCAAAAUGGUCAUUGAUAGUAGUUUUGCUCAGGUAGAGAAGUAUGUGUAUGUAAGGACAUUUUAUUGUUUCUAUGAUGAUGAUAAGUGAUUUUACUAUGGUUGGCUUGAUUGAUGGCUGUAGUACUGAACAGCCGUGUGUCUGAUGAGCUCUUGUAUGAUGUGCCAACUGUGAAUAAAUAAUAUCAAGCAA